AACCUAGAAACCAAGCAAGCAACCCCAUCAAUGGCGAGGUGAAAAAAAUCUUUGGUGGAAAUCACUCUACCCUCUCUCUCCCCACGAGUUCUGGAUAGGCCUCAUUCGUCCUCUUCCUCUUCCGACCCUUCUCCUGCUUCUCAGCUUUCCUCUGGUGUCCUUCUUGAGGCAUUGGCUGAGAGGAAUCUAGGGUUUCUUUGAAGGGUUGGUAAUGGCGGAUCAGCAGAAGAAUAGGUGGACGUGGGAGGUGCCAGGAUUUGAGCCACGUAAGUCUGUUGAGGAUCCGAAGCCUGUGUCGCCGUUGGCACGCCGAUACUCGAUUUCCACACCAUCUGUUGCCCCUCGCGCGGAGCUGGCUAAGCAUUCUGUGGCUGUUAAGCUUCAGAGUCUCAAGGACCAGCUAAAGCAUGCCAGAGAAGAUUACCUGGAGUUAAGGCAAGAAGCUAAUGACCUUAGAGAGUAUUCCAAUGCUAAACUUGAUCGAGUUACCCGCUACUUAGGUGUUCUUGCAGAUAAGGCUCGGAAAUUAGAUCAAGCUGCAGUUGAAAGUGAGGCCAGAGUUGCUCCUUUGAUCAAUGAGAAGAAAAGGUUAUUUAAUGACCUAUUGACAGCUAAAGGAAAUGUGAAAGUAUUUUGUCGCACAAGACCUCUCUUUGAAGAUGAGGGUACAUCUAUUGUUGAAUUUCCUGAUGAAUUUACCGUUCGAAUAAAUACUGGUGAUGAUUCUCUUGCCAUUCCAAAGAAGGAUUUUGAGUUUGAUAGGGUAUAUGGACCUCAUGUUGGACAAGGUGAAUUUUUCCGUGAUAUGCAACCCUUCAUACAGUCAGCGAUGGAUGGAUUUAAUGUUUCUAUAUUUGCCUAUGGGCAGAGCCAUUCAGGAAAGACAUACACGAUGGAGGGAUCUAGUAGUGAGCGUGGCUUAUAUCUGCGAAGUUUCGAGGAGCUAUUUGAUCUUUCAAUUUCAGAUGCUACCUCGACGUCUCGUUAUGACUUCUACUUCACUGCCCUGGAGCUUUAUAAUGAAGAGGUGAGGGAUUUACUUGCAGAGUUCAGAAACUCUUUACCGAGAGUUCAAAUGGGACCCCCAGAUUCUGUUGUAGAAGUAGUGCAGGAGAAAGUUGAUAAUCCCUUGGACUUCUCUAGAGUGUUAAAAGCAGCACUUCAAAAUUAUACAAGAGAUCCGUCAAAGGCCAAUGUCUCUCAACUGAUUUUAACGAUCCAUAUUCGAUAUACCAAUUGGGUCACUAUGGAAAACCUGUACAGCAAGCUUUCUCUUGUAGACUUACCUGGAAGUGAAUGUUUACUUGUUGAGGAUGCUAGUGGGGAUCAUGUGAAAGACUUCUUGCAUGUGUCAAAGUCACUUUCCGCGUUGGGUGAUGUUCUGUCUUCCUUGACUUCAAAGAAAGAGACGAUUCCUUAUGAAAACUCGAUGCUUACAAAGAUCCUUUCUGACUCCUUGGGUGACAGCUCAAAAACCUUGUUAAUUAUCAAUAUUUGUCCUGAUGCUUUGAGUCUUUCGAAAACAUUGUCUACCCUUAACUUUUCUGCAAGGGCGAGGAAUGCUGAACUAAGUCUUGGAAAUCGAGAUACUAUAAAAAAAUGGAGAGAUGUGGCAAAUGAUUCACGGAAAGAGCUUUAUGAGAAAGAGAAGGAAAUUCUUGAUCUAAGGCAAGAAGGCUUGGAAUUGAAUCUGGCUCUAAAAGAUGCCAAUGAUCAAUGCAUUCUUCUAUUCAAUGAAGUUCAAAAGGCCUGGAAAGUUUCAUUCACUCUUCAGGCUGAUUUAAAGUGGGAGAAUUCAAUGCUGGCAGAGAAACUAAACACUGAGAAGGAGCAAAACAAUCAGCUUAGGAGUCAGUUAGCUCACCUGUUUCAAGUUGAGCAGGAACAGAAAAUACUGAUACAGGGUCAUGAUUCAACUAUUAAGUCCCUGCAGGAUAAACUUAAGGUCAUGGAAGCACAGCUAGAUGAGGUCCGUCACUCCAAUGAUUCUCAAUCUGCUCUUCAGUCUGAGUCUGGGUCUCUAGGGGUUUCAGCUCCUAAGGCAACAGGGGAUAGUGUUAAUUCUUCAGAUGUAACUAGAAAGCUUGAAGAAGAACUUGCUAAGAGGGACGCGCUUAUCGAGCGAUUGCAUGAAGAAAAUGAAAAGCUUUUUGACAGGCUUACUGAAAAGGCUUCACUUGGUGGAUCACCCCAGGUAUCUAGCCCCUCUAUCAAAAAAACAUCUGGCCUUCAAGCUAAAGACCUAAACAGGAAUGAUACUAGCAAUGUUAGCACUGUAGAUGUACUCCCAUUGCCCGAUGGUCAGGAUAAAUCUAGCAGUGCUGGUGCUAUUGUAAAGUCAGGCUCUGAAAAGGGAAAGACAACUCCUGCUGGAGAAUAUCUGACAGCUGCGCUAACAGAGUUUGAUCCCGAUCAAUUUGAGAGCUUUGCAGCUAUUGCUGAUGGGGCGAACAAGCUUUUGAUGCUGGUUUUGGCUGCUGUCAUUAAAGCUGGUGCUGCACGGGAGCAUGAAAUACUUGCUGAAAUUAGAGAUGCUGUUUUUUCAUUUAUUCGUAAAAUUGAACCAAGAAGGGUGAUGGAUACUAUGCUUGUUUCUCGAGUUAGAAUCUUGUACAUAAGAUCUUUGCUUGCUAGGUCUCCAGAACUGCAAUCCAUAAAGGUUUCUCCUGUUGAACGAUUUUUAGAGAAAGCUAAUACUGGCCGAAGUAGAAGUUCCAGUAGGAGCAGCAGUCCCGGUCGAUCUCCUGUCUAUUAUGAUUCUAGUACAAGGAACGCUAUAAUUGAUGAGCAUGUUCAAGGUUUUAAGGUCAAUAUAAAGCAAGAAAAGAAGUCCAAAUUUUCAUCAAUUGUGCUAAAGCUUCGAGGGAUUGACCAGGAAACAUGGAGGCAACAUGUAACUGGUGGAAAGCUCCGGGAAAUAACUGAGGAAGCUAAGGCUUUUGCGAUAGGGAAUAAGGCUCUUGCUGCUCUUUUUGUUCACACUCCGGCUGGUGAACUGCAACGCCAAAUUCGUUCAUGGCUCGCUGAGAAUUUUGAGUUUCUUUCAGUCACAGGUAGUGAUGCUACUGCAGGGAUGACAGGGCAACUAGAGCUUCUGUCCACAGCCAUUAUGGAUGGGUGGAUGGCUGGCCUUGGUGCUGCACAGCCUCCAAAUACUGAUGCUUUAGGUCAGCUUUUAUCUGAAUACACAAAAAGGGUUUACACAUCGCAGCUGCAACACCUAAAGGAUAUAGCAGGAACUUUGGCAAUGGAGGAGGCUGAUGACCUACCUCAUGUAAACAAAUUGCGAUCAGCUCUUGAAUCAGUUGACCAUAAGAGAAGAAAGAUAUUACAACAAAUGCGAAGCGAUGCUGCCUUAAUAACAAAAGAAGAAGGUGGUUCACCAAUUCACAAUCCUUCAACUGCAGCUGAAGAUGCACGAUUAGCAUCUUUAAUAUCUCUUGAGAGCAUCCUCAAACAAGUCAAGGAAAUCAUUAGGCAAACAGCUGUAAGAUCUCUGACCAAGACCAAGAAGAAAGCUCUGUUGGCGUCAUUGGAUGAACUUGCGGGGCAGAUGCCAUCACUACUCGACAUGGAUCAUCCUUGCGCUCAGAGACAUAUUUCAGAUGCUCGUAGAAUGGUAGAGCCAAUACCAGAAGAGGAAGGAGACUCGAGCGAAGAUUCCCAGAGUGGCCAACCAUCUACUGCAGAUACUGAAGUUACUCAGUGGAAUGUAUUGCAGUUCAAUACAGGUUCAAGUGUCCCAUUCAUCAUAAAAUGCGGCGCCAACUCAAAUUCCGAGCUGGUAAUCAAAGCAGAUGCCCGGGUUCAAGAACCCAAAGGCGGAGAGAUAGUCCGUGUUGCUCCACGACCUUCAUCCCUUGCUAACAUGACCUUUGAAGAGAUCAAACAUGUGUUUGAUCAGUUGCCGGAGGCUAUAAGCUCACUGGCCCUCGCACGAACUGCUGACGGUACCCGUGCUCGAUACUCCAGGUUGUACAGAACUUUAGCCUCAAAAGUCUCGUCAUUGAAACAUCUAGUAGAUGAAUUAGAAAAAGGCGGAAAUAGUGAAAGGCGGUAGAUCAUAAAUCUGUGCCCGAGUAUAUAUGUAUGUUUAUGUAAAAUUGGUGAAUCUUAUUCUUAGGGAAUUCGCCGAAGUGUUGUCACCAUCUGACCAGCCUAGUUUGUUCUACAGGCCUGAACUGUAACAUUUUGUGUCAAUGAGUCACCAGAAACCAAAUCCUUGUGGCUCAAUGCUAUGUAUUUUUUUUUCCUUUCUUCAGGAUUGGGUGGAUGUCAAACAUUGAAAAAGGCAUACUUAACUUGGUGCCUAUUUAAUUAGAAAGAGUUCAAAAGGACA